CGCGCGUGCUGCUCGACGCACGGUCAGUGAGGAUCUCCCGACCGCCUACGCCCAAAGCCCUUCUUCGUUUGCGACUCCUGAGCCUCGUCGUCAGGCGCCCACGCAGCUCUCCGGGCAAAUCGCUGCUGUUACGUCCUGCGGUUGAAUAAGAGGGUUCACCGCCAUGAAGGUUGGCUUCAGCAGCCUCCUAGUGCUGGCGCCGCUAUUUUUAUGCGUGGCCAUCCAUUCGCUUCCGACGGGUCACAAGGCUGGCGAAGGAAACCACGCUCCUGACGAAGUCGAACAGUUAGAUCAGCUUAGAACAGGUGGCAAGGCGACGAAACUGGUUGAAUCACAGUCAUCUCGCAUUGUUAACGUGGACGGGCAAGUGCAAGCUUCGAGUAACAAAGAGAAAGUGGUGAAGGACGCCCGAACAGGAGAGACGCUCGCCAGCGUCAAGGUGAGCUCUCAGUUGGAACAGCACGGCCCUGGCGAGCAGCUGCACAGCGUUUCACGCACGCAACUCGACGUGCCUGCACUGGGUAUCCACGAAACCAAGGUCGAGGACUCCGGCAACGCCAACAACAACGCGCAGCGGCAGCUUCUGCCGGGCGCCGCCGAAAAAAAGAACUAUGUUCCUUACACCUGGAACGUACAGGAACCCGACCGUAACGACUACACGCCCACAGACCUGGCGGAAUACAUCUUGAGGACAGGUGACGAAGAAGGUGUCGCCAUGGCAGUGGAAGAGCUACUCAGACAAGGAAUGAUGACGCGCGAAGAGGCGAUCGUGUACCUGCAGGACGUGAAGACCGAGAUGUCCUAUAUCCGCGCCCAGCAGGAGAAGUUGCGCAAGAUCCAAGAGCUGCGUGAGGCAAUCAGCAUGAAGAAGAAGGACGAGUUCAAGGGUCAGCGUCGUCUGGGAGAAAUUCUUGGCACACGUGAAAUGGACCAUCCACCCAAGGUCAUAGGGGACGCCAAAUUGACACAGAAGGCUGGCACAGCUCCUAUCUCCAGGGUGGCUGCACCAGAAAAGCCAAAGUCUCCCGUCGCAAAGCCUGCCACUACGAAGGUGGUGACGUCACAGGGAUCGUCAAAGGCUGCUAAGAGCAACAAGGCGGCUGGUUCAUCGAGCACCUCAGCUUCCGCAAAGCCCAGCUCUGUGGGAGAAGACAAGAACAAGGCGUUGACGCCUGAGCCCCAGGCCUCGGGGUCGUCAAGUGGUACAGACGCCCAGAAGCGCGGCGGCGAUAGGCUACCUGGUGGGAUGGCACCCAGCAAACUGAGCGUGCUGGAACUCGAGCGGCUGGGCGAAGAGCAGCGCGUCCGGUCGGCACAGCACCAGGCCGAAGACGACGUCAUGGGCGCGCUGAAGAAGUUGCGCGGCUCAUCGCUGUACGAUGAGUACACGCUCGAGGAAAUCAUCUACUGGCUCGCAAAAGACAUGUUUGCCCACAGCAUCGUCAAGGCAGGGGAUCAGAGUGCCGAGGAAGCCUUAGCGAGGUUUGCCAAUUUUGUGGAAACCGAGGUGUCCCAAAACAAGCUGUCUGGUGAAGUCGAAAAGAAGGUCCUCGACAUUAUGCUCGCCGCCCUGGUGGAUAUGCUUCGCGAGUUUCCCAGUGCCCAGUACAGCAGUAGGAUGGCAAACCAGCUUCCCCAGCGACUCUUUCCUGAGGCGACCGAGCAUCAGGCGGCCAAGCUAGCCAACGCCAGGGUUAGGAAUGCCACCAUUCGACUCCGAGAGGAAAAGAAAAAGACCAUUCCCGCGGUGAUCAAGCACAAGGAAGUACCGAAAGCCUCUCAGAAGUCCUAAGGUCGACGCUACCGAUGUCGGCGUCAUGCUGUGAAGAAUGCCCGCCCUGUACCAAGACUCGUCGAUGACCCUGACAACUCUUCACCGAAUCUUCCGGAUUGUCCCAGACCCGAUCUCUUACUUGUAGCCAGCCUAGAACCCUCGAACAUUUUCGUCAAUGUCAAAACCCUUUCCCUCGUUCGCCUGUAUACAAGCUACCCUACCGAAAUGUGUUGAAGUAUCGGGAUAGCUCCAUUGCCUUCUGGCAACCCCGCCCCACUCACGCUAAUCUUAAAUAUGUUCUUUUUCUAUAAAAUGAGAAAUUAAAAAAAGAGAACUUGGCGACGAGCGCUCGACGUAAAAAAGGAGCUACCUGUUACUUUUGUGUAGAUAUACAAGUCGUGUUCGUAACACCUUCUUGUCAUUCAACGGCGUGUGUGAUAUCAAAAAUCUACUGUAGUUGUGUUGUGCACUGUUAGUAGCGAUACGCACUGUAAAAGAAUUUCAGAGCAGAAUCUAUCUCUCGAUCUCUUCUGGGAAUGGGAAACUAAACUACCAACUUUCCAUCUUCGUGUUCUAAUGUAUCAUCGACCGCUUCAAACAUACAGUGAAAGGCGAGUCAUUUUCUAGAUGAAAAGACAGUUCGAGAAAACUUUCCCCACUUGUAUAGUCAACGAAAUGUCGAAGCGCCAGAGACUGCUGGCGCAAAGUAGGAGCCAUUAUAAUUUUUACCCAGAACGUGCUGUUUAGACCUAGCAACUAUUUAUUUAAAAAUCUGUAGUUAAUCUGCAGUAUAAAAAGAAGAAAAAGAUAAGCAGCCAUAUGGCACAGAAAUUAAAAAGGAAAAUACAAAAGAGGCAAGUGGCCCACAUCGAUACAGGGGGAGGGGUUAGUAGCAUUGCUUAUCACAUCUAUUAAUAUCUUACUUUAGACGUAAAAACUCUCAUGGCUGCUAAUAUAUGUACUUUAUAUUCAAACAGGUAAAUAAUACUUAACUAGUAAUGAAAAAAGAUAGAAAACUGCCAAAAGCUCAGACAGUCUGUUUUUGAUUCGGCAUAGUUCGCGCUUCGUCAUCAAUAUUGCAAACAAGGAACAAAGUAUGGCAAUCUAGUUUUACAGAGUUAAUAAUUCUUUUACAAUGUACACUCAAGUCUAAGAAGACAAUGUUACUCGAUAAACUGUGGUAAUAAAAAAACAUGAUCAAGGAACGUUCUUUACAGUCGAUAUGCUUAUGAAAAAAAGAGAGAGGUGAAUCCUUCCCUUUGUCCGUUGAAUGCUAUUUUUAGAACCUUUUUGCGAUUGUUGACCUUGAUGGAAAGAUGCCAACGUUGUUUUGAUGACCGCCUGAAAACGUGGUCCUUGGUAAUGCAGGCACCAACUGAAGUGUUUCCCUGACACCACUUUACGCGGGACGUCACCAGGCCUCAGCGACUGCCCAUCUGCACCCGCGCACGCAUUACGUUGUUGUAGUGACAUCGAGUGUUGGGCCAUCGCGCCACUUUCUUCGAGAAUAUCAUGUUGGCAUUUUGUGCUGAUAGGAGUGGCCGUAUCAGCUCUGUGAGCUAACCACGAUUGGCAAAGUGGUGCAUGUGAAUGUGACAUGAAACUUUAGUGUCAGAAUGAUAGCUGCGGUCAUAAUGUGUUCCAUAGAGGCUAUUAUGCUUUGUAUUUAUUGAAAUCCAGGCAGAUCUUUCUUUAAUGAGAUGUGAUGGGAAACCACAGUACCUCGGCUCGUAUUUACAGAUAUUGUAAGAAGCCGUCGAUACUUAAACUGAAGACUUUUCGCCAAACACCAACGCUAAAGCAUAGAGAUGUAGCCACAACUAUCUGCUGUGGCACUGCAUUAGGGCUCGCUGUCACGGCACGCAAUUCUGACCGCUUGCAGUGCUGGUAAAGUCAUUGUUUAUUUUAUAUAGUUCAGUUUUGGUGAGGCAUAAAGGCGACGAAUGCCCGGUGUCAUUACGGGAGUGUUAGCAGUGAAAGAACGCGGUAGCUACUAGAGAAACAUAAGAAUCAUUCAUGGUCCGAGACACAUAAGAAUCAUUGAUGGUACGACGGAAUACCGUCUGUCAGGGCAAACAUAUUGGAAUAAAACAAACAAAACGCCGACAAAGGUUAAAUACCCGUAAUUAUGUGUGCACUUUACAUUAAUCGGAGUUUUCAUUUUGUUUUAUUCCACUGAAAAUCAUUCGCUUUCCACGGCUAUUGUCAUCUACUAAAUUAUGAUAGCGACUUGUAUCCAAAUUUUUUUUUUACCUGAUGCAGUGGCUUAGCACAAGGUCAGCCUGGAUUUCAGUAAAUGUGGUCCAUGGAACACACUUCACGCUUUGCGCAAAGCGAGCGCCCCGAAGCCCGGGGAAGCCAUGCCAUGAAGCGAGUUCGAGCUAUGUUCCAAGUGGCUCACCCCCUUUGUUAAAACGCGGUUACUCUGAAGUGAGACAUGUAGAUAAACAGGAAAGGGUACCCCACGUUGACGUCAGACCUUUUUCACGCAGCUCCUCCAGAAGCUUGAAUAUAUCGUAGUUGAUUCGUAUGUAUUUUGUAAACGUAGUCGCAUUGAUUUAGCAAUUCUUUUUUUUCUUCUCCAGGCGAGCGGCGCCCCCCAGUGAGCCGUCGCCCACUGUUUUCACUGACACUGGUCAUAUCAUGAAUGUUGUACAAUUUCGGCUACAAUAAAGUCACUGAAAAGCACCUUGUUUCCCCCUA